GGCAGACUACACUUGUCUCUAAAACCCACUUCUCUCCAAUUUUCAAUUGAGUACGUGUUUCAUCCUUGAAAUUUAGAAGUACAUUUAAAGACUUGAAUUAUGAAGGCUUGCGUCUGUUGAAAUUUGGAAAAGAAAUCGUCAAAAGAUGAAGACGCUAAUGCAGAAGUACACUAUAUGGAGAUAUUUUCUUUAUAUGGAGUUGGAAUUCCUACUGAGAGAGCCUAUAUUUACAAGCUGAGUGCAACAGCAGAUUGUUACAUUCCUUUUCAGAUUGAUACAAUGGCAGACAGUUCAGAUGAGUGCUCUUGUCUCAAAGGAGGGGUUUACAAUGUUAAUGGAGAUGAAACAGUUCCUGUUUUGAGUGUUGGUUACAUGUGUGCUAAAGCAUGGAAAGGGAAAACCCGGUUUAACCCUUAUGGAAUGCAAACUUUUAUAAGGGAGUAUGAUCAUGCUCCUCCUGCUAAUCUAUUGGAGGGUAGAGGCACCCAAGAAUCGCUUGCCAUACGUAAGGCAACUGUUACAGAAAGAAAAUUACUCAGUGGAAAGUGAUGUAGUUAGGACUUAGGACCUUAAAAAUGUUGUCUCAAGAGCAUAUGUGGAAAGAUUCUCACUGUUCGGCGUGGCUGGUUUGUGGUGUGGGUGAACCAAGAACCAUGGCCUGUGCCAGAUGGUGCUGGGGAUUGGUACCUCAAAAUUACAAAUCAAAGCAGCAACAACAUCAGAGAGUUUCAGGCUAAGCUCCUACCUGUUAAAGAAAGUGGAUACUCCCUUGAGGCUACUGAUUAUGGAGGCUGAAAAUAUAGAUUUCAUAUAGUGAUAUACAGAGUAUAUAUGUAACAUUUGUUUAUAAGAUCAAUCAUAUUUUAUUCGAUUAAUAUCAUAGUUUUUUUUCUUCUUAUAAGUAAUUAAUUUAGAUUA